AUCCUGACAUCGCGUCCUCUGGUGUCACGGCACCUUCACCUGGCACUUGCUCUUACCAUUAACACCCUGUCAGCUCGCUCACCCAACCUCGAUGGCAAGUUACACGGGCAGCAAGGACGAAGAUGAAGUCCCGCCCCCUCAACGGCCACCCUCCCCACCAGCCCACACUACCUUCGCUGCUCGAGGCCUGCAUGCCAUCAACUUCUCCCUCCACAAGCCUCGGGACGUUCGCAUCCCUUCACAGCAAGCCAUGACCCAUGUCGCAUGGAGCUGCGACGGAAAACGCCUCGCCGGAGUAGGCAUAGACAAGAUAGUGCGCGUGUGGACACCGGAAAAAAGCCUGGAAUAUCGCUCCUCAGCGACCUUCUCCGGCGGCCAUUCCGACGACGUCGACUAUGUGACCUGGAACCCCACCCAUCCGGAACUAUUUUGCACCUCGAGCCAGAAGGAUCGACGCAUAGUGUUCUGGGAUGCCCGGCAAAGUCGGCACAUACAGCAAGUCCCGCUGAAAGUUGCGCCCGUUCAACUGAACUACUCCCCUGAUGGUCGAUCGCUGCUUUAUACCUCGGCUGGGCAUCAGUUGUUCUUUAUGUCAAAUGUGCAGGAGGUGGGAUCGUCGAAGAGGCAUUGGCAAACGUCUGACAAGGAUGGGAACAUCGUAGCGACGACGGCUAUGUUCAACUUUGCAGGCGACGGAGUUGUCCUCACGCACCAUUCCGAACAUUCCCUUCGCAUUCUAGAUUAUCCUUCUUUAACGCUUCGGGAGAACCCUGCAGCCCAUGUAGGCGGGUGUGUAGCAGUGGCGCUUGAUCCGCGCGGAAGAUACCUUGCUUCGGGAGGCAAUGACUCUAUAGUAGACUUGUUCGAUGUUAAUGAGUGGAUAUGCGCUCGAACCAUAACUUCCUGCGAGUACGGGGUUAAUGCACUGAGCUUCUCCUACGACGGAGAGUACAUCGCUAUUGCAAGCGGUGGGCAAUACAUCGACAUCUGUGCGACCGAGACUGGGGUCCCGCUUCAUCGAGUCCCCACCCUUGCGCCAUCGCCAACGGUGACUUGGCAUCCUUCGAAGUUUGUUUUUGCAUACUGUGGUCAGACGAAGUUGAGGGAGGGUGGUCCACCUUCCACCGCAGUGAUUAGUAUGUUCGGAGCACUGUAGUCUCGUUUCGCUACACGAGGUCGUCGCAGUAGUCUAGCACAUGAAGCAAUAUAUGCG